AUGUAUUCGACACGCCUAAGGCAAGAAAACAUUGCUCGUCAUGCCAUUGAACAAGUUGCGAAUGGAACUUUGGGGCAUUUCUCUAUGUGUUCGGAAUCGCCAGAUGGUAUGCCUGUUGAUGGAGAUGGGCAUGUCCACCCCCCUGAAACGGUUAAAGAGCAACGGUUCAAGUCGUGCAGCUUAUGCGGAAUGUUGAUUGAUGCUGAAAGUUCUGCCGCGAUGGAGAGCCAUUUGCGUGCACACAAGAAAAACGAUGAUCUCAAACUCAAACUUCUUGCACGCUAUGGACCCGAGGAAGUGGGAAGACUGAUGUGUCGCGAUUGCAAUAUGGUGUUUGGAGAUGAAAGCAUACUCAUUAUGCAUAACGAGCAGAUGCAUGUUAGGAGAAGAAAAUACGUUUGUAAGUGGUGUGGUCACGUGGCCUAUACAAUGACGGAACUGAAUGUGCACAAAGCUGAUGUUCAUGCAAUGCCUCCAUUCACCGUCAAGUCUGACAGAGAUAGGAUAAUGAGAAAGCGGCAACUCUAUGGUCGUGGUUUAAUUGCACUUGGUUCCCAUCCCAGACGAACUGAAAUAGAAGAUAGGCACGGCCCUGCUAGUUCGUUAGUGGAUAGCGUGGUCAUUUUUCUUCUUGUAUUUUAA